AUGGAUAUUGAUUCCCAGUUUUCUGUUGGAAAUGCUUUAAGGAAAGCGGGAAUUGUUCCCAGGGCGGAACCCUAUCUCUUGGAAGAUAUCCAAGAAGCUUUGAGAAGUGAGCUUACGUUUGGAAAAAAUGUCCAAAUCAAUUGUUUGACGGAUAAGAAGACGAGACAAACCUUGCUUGGAGAUGUUCGAAUGUGUGUGGAUAAACUUUUUCGACCUAUAGAUUGCCCUGAAGAGAAAAGCUCUCAACCUCUAACAUACAUCCUCGGCCACCCUCCACCACUACCAAGCUUUAAGAAGUGCCCCUCAUUAGUAGUUUACUUGUCUGACCCUGCUUCGAGGGUGUUACACAUGGCUGGAUUAGAGCACAGAGAAAUCACUUUCUGGAUUAAUCCGCUUAUUCCGAUCUAUAGCACCUUUUUCAGCAUUCAAGAGCCAAAGAAAGAGUUCUUAUGGGGGGUAAGCGUUCCUUUUCUGGCUAUCGUUCUGUUCGUCUAUUACAAAGGUGGACGGGAAUAUUAA